AAAAAAAAAGGCAUUGGUCCUUCCAGUUUUCUCUACUCUAAGAAAACUUUUUUUUCUUUUUUGAAAGAAUGGGGUUUUAAAAUUCAUAAAUUAAUACAGGGCUCAAAUAUAAAUUUAGUAAACGUAUAGGAUUUAAUCAGUAAAUUAUCAAACCCAAAACGCGUCGUUACGGAUGAAGAAGAAGUGAAGAACCAUUUUCGUCAAAGUAGAUCCGAAUCCUAGUUCGAUCUUGAUCUUCCCGGCGGAGUAACCAAAAUUCCGUAAAUGGCGUCAAGGAGAAGUGUACGGUAUGCACAGCUUCCAGGAGAUGAAGAUGAUGAAGGCUAUGGAAAUGGUGUUGGUGAAAGGAGAGAUUUCGAUCCUCGGUUCGAUUAUUCACCGAAAGCAUUUGAUAGAGUUCCAUGGAAAUCUAUAGCAUUAGCUGUGUUUCUUUUGUUUCUUGGUUGCUUGCUUCUUCUUUUGUCGUUUUUUAUCUUCAUUGGUCACAUGGAAGGAGAUAGCUCUCAAGGUUAUGCGUUACUUGUUCUUGGGAUCCUUACUUUUCUCCCUGGUUUCUACGAGACCCGAAUUGCUUACUACUCAUGGAGAGGAGCUGAAGGGUACCGUUUUGCAGCCAUUCCCUCUUACUGAACUCAAGUAACUGGAGAAGUAAAGAAUAUUGUGCAUAGAAAAAGUUUUAGAGAUUGUAAUCCAAAAAGUACUACUAUACUUAAGCUGUUUGAUGAAUCUACUGUGUAGAAUCUCCUCUAGUUGAGUUUAGACAGAUAAAAGCUUGGAUUAUAGAGAUACAGAUACUACAUAGAUUGUUAUAUUUUGUGAAUCUUGUUGAAUCUCUUUUGUUAUCAAAUUAUGUUAGCCCUUUGGAACUGGGGUUUUCGAAAAACAAUUUAAUAAGUUCAUAACAAAAACAUUUGUGGUG